CUGAUCGUCACCGCUGUCACCAAGGACUCCGUCUCCGUUGCCUGGAGACCACCCAAAUAUGACGGAGGCACCGAGGUGACGGCCUACGUCCUGGAGCACCGCAUGAUCGGCCGGGACAGUUUCGUAAGAGUGGGAGGAGAGGAGAAACUGAUGGAGAGGAAGUUCACGCUGACCGGGCUGAAGGACGGCUCCAGCCACGAGUUCAGAGUCUCCGCGGUCAACCAGCCACCUGCCCUGGACCUGGACUUCCGGGACAAGAUGAUGGUGAAGGUGGGAGACUCCUGCAUGCUGUCGGGACGCUACAGCGGCAAGCCGGCGCCGGCCAUCGCCUGGACCAAGAACGACGAGGAGCUGAAGGCGGACGAGGAGAUCAGCCUCCACAGCUCCGCCAACCACCUCAGCCUCAGCAUCAGCAAGGCCAAGCGGGAGCACAGCGGCCGCUACUGCGUUCCAAAGCUGAUCGAGGGCCGCGACUACAUCAUCAGGAUCAUGGCUCAGAACAUCUACGGCAUCAGCGACCCCCUGCUGUCUGCAGAGGCCAAAGCCAGAGACGUCUUCAAGGUGCCCGAUGCCCCCAAGCAGCCCACCGUGAAGGAGGUUUACCACGACUCUGCCCUGAUUAGCUGGGAGCCUCCUGCUGAUGGAGGAAAACCAAUCACGGGCUACAUAGUGGAGAGGAAGGAGACUAAGGCCAACAGAUGGGUUCGCUGCAACACAGAGAGAAUCUUUCCAAAGGUGGAGUACAACGUGACAGAGCUGCUGACAGGCUGUGAAUAUGAGUUCAGAGUCAGCGCUGAGAACGUGGUGGGCGCUGGAGACCCGAGCCCGCCAUCCAAACCCGUCUUCGCCAAAGAUCCAAUCGUGAAACCCAGCCCCCCAGUGAACCUGCGGGCCAUCGACUUCACCAAGGAGUCCGUGACUCUGUCCUGGGAACCGCCCACCGACACCGGCAGGGGGAAGAUCUUUGGGUACCUGCUGGAGUUCCAGAAGGCUGGAGAUGAGGAGUGGCAGCAGGUGAACCAGACACCCGAUUCCUGCCAGGAGACCAAGUUCAAGGUGAUCAACCUGGAGGACGGCGCCCUGUACCGUUUCAGAGUGAUGGCCGUCAACGCCGCCGGGGAGUCUGACCCCACCAAUUUGAAAGAGCCGAUCAGAGUGCAGGACAGACUCGAGGCUCCAGAACUGAUCCUGGACGCCGGAAUGACCCGGGAGGUGAAGGCCAUGGCUGGCACUCACAUCUCUCUGAUGGCGGCCAUCAAGGGCGUCCCGUUCCCCACCGUCACCUGGAAGAAGAACGAGGAAGAUGUUCCCACCAGGGCCGACAUCGAGACCAACCAGGCAGGCACCAAGCUGGAGAUGAGGUUCUGUAACCGCGACGACUGUGGAGACUACACCCUCACUGUGGAGAACCCGGCCGGAUCCAAGACCGUCACCUGCACGGUUCUGCACCUCCGGGUGUCUGACGUCAGGAGUGACUCCGCCUACCUGUCCUGGAAAGACCCAGAAGACAACGGCGGCGCUCGCAUCACCAACUUUGUGGAAGAAGGGGAGAGGGAAUGGGAUGAAUGGAAGACUGUAAGCAUCCCUGAGAGUCAUGUGACGGGCCUGGAGGAGGGAAAGACCUACCGCUUCAGAGUUAGGGCUGAGAACGCCAUUGGCCUCAGCAGACCUGACACCACAGUGCCCAUCCUCUGCCAGGAGAAACUAGUGCCUCCAAUUGUCGAGGUGGAUGUUAAACUCAUUGAAGGCAUCAUUGUGAAGGCUGGCACCACCAUCAGGCUGCCGGCUAUAAUGAGAGGGAUCCCUGUCCCCACGGCAAAGUGGUGCGUCGAGGGAGAGGAGAUCACCAGCGAGGGCAACAUCAAGAUCGACACCGAUAACUUCUCCACUGUGCUCAGCAUUAACGAAUGUACCAGGAACCAUACCGGCAUCUACCUGCUCACUGUGGCCAACGCCGCAGGCACCAAGACCGUGGCCCUGAAUGUCCAAGUUCUGGAUGUUCCUGCAGCUCCCAUCGGACCUGUCAACAUCCUGGAGGUUUCUCCAGACUCCAUGACCAUUGAGUGGCGCCCUCCUAAGGAUGAUGGUGGGAGCCCUGUCACCAGCUACAUUGUUGAGAAAAGAGAGUCCAACAAAGAGACCUGGGGAGGGGUUAGCUCUGGUAGCCUUGAGACUCAGCUGCGGAUCACCCGCCUGCAGAAGGGAGCGGAGUACGUGGUUCGCAUUCGCGCUGAGAACAAGAUGGGCGCUGGAGCUCCACUGGAGAGCAAGCCCACUCCCUGCAGACCCAUCACAGUCCCAAGUCACCCUAUCAACCCCAAAGUCAAAGAUUACAGCAAGACCACAGCCGAACUGGUCUGGAUGAAACCUUCCAAAGACGGGGGUAGCCCCAUCCUGGGUUACACAGUGGAAAUGCAGAAAGCUGACACAGAGGAGUGGAAAAAGGUGAACUUGGACGAUUUCAUCAAGCAGUGUGCAUACACAGUGAAGGGUCUGGAGGAAGGUGUGACCUACAAGUUCAGAGUCUAUGCCUCAAACAUGAUUGGAGAUGGAGAAUGCAGGGAAAUUCCAGGGUCCAUCACAGCUCAGGACAUCCUAAUCCCUCCAGAGAUCGAGAUGGAGGCAACAUGCCGUGAGCGGCUCACUGUGCGCCUGAUGGAGGGCCACGAGUACCUGUUCCGUGUCUGUGCUGAGAACAAAAUGGGCCCAGGACCCGCUACAGAGAUCAAGACGCCUUUGCUGGCCAUUGACCCUAUUGAGAAGCCUGGUGAGCCAGAGAACUUCAGAGCCACUGACGUCGGUAAAAACCACGUCCAUCUGAAAUGGAGGAAGCCUGACUAUGAUGGCGGCAGUCCCAAUCUCACCUACAACCUGGAAUGCAAAACCAAAGAUGCUGAGGAGUGGCAGAAGCUAGGCCCCCUAAAAGACACAUUCUUCUUAGCUAACAAGCUUGUGGAAAACCAGACAUACACUUUCAGGGUGCAAACCGUGAAUGAAGGUGGAGAGAGUGCCUGGGUGAAGCUGGCUGAUAUUGUGGUGAAGGAAGAGCUCCAGAAGCCGGUCAUUGACCUGAAGUUGGCCGGUACUUUGACAGUGAAGGCUGGAGAGUCUGUCAGGAUGGAGGCUAACCUGAGAGGAAAGCCCCAGCCAGAGGUCAAAUGGGUGAAAGACAAGGCUGUGGGAGACAACCCCAGAAUGAGCUAUGAAACCGGUUCAGACUACUCCAAGUUCCUGUUGACCAAGUCCAGGCGCACGGACACAGGGAAGUACGUCAUCACUGCCACCAACGCUGCAGGCACCUUCACAGCCUACGCCAACGUCAACGUCCUGGAUGUCCCCGGGCCCGUGAGGAACCUGAGGAUCACCGGCAUCGGGGCGGACAAGUGCAGAGUGGUGUGGGACGGCCCGGAGGACGAUGGCGGCUGCGAGGUGGACAGCUACAUCCUGGAGAAAUGUGAGACCAGGAGGAUGGUUUGGUCCACGUACUCAGCCUCCGUGGUCACUCCAUACUGCAACGUCACACGCCUGGUGGAGAGCAAUGAGUACAUCUUCAGGGUGAGGGCAGAGAACAAGAUGGGAACUGGACCCGCCAUGGAGAGCAAACCUGUCACAGUGAAGACUCAGUUCAACAAACCUGGACCCCCCGAGGCUCCCGAGAUUACCAAGGUGAGCAAAGACGAGAUGACCGUGGCACCUGGCCCCCCUGCAUACCUGAAGGUGGCAGACAGCACAAAGACCUCCAUCACCCUCUCCUGGUGCAAACCUGUGUAUGAUGGUGGAGCCCCCAUCAUCGGAUACAGCCUGGACCUGAGGCUGAAGAGCGAGGCGGACCCUGAGAAACCCUCAGAGGGCUGGAAGAGGAUCGAUACGCACGGCCCACUGGUGCUCACAGAGUUCACCAUCCCCCAACUGGAUGAGAAGCUGGAGUACGACUUCAAGGUGUCUGCCCAAAACCAGGUGGGCUGGGGACGCCACGCGUACUUGAGGGAGGCAGUAUCCCCCAAGGAAAUCCUGGAGGCUCCAGAGAUCGAGCUGGACGCCAGUCUGAGGAAAGGCCUGGCUGUGAGGGCCGGGUGCCCAAUCAGGCUGUUCGCCGUGAUCAGAGGAAGACCCGCCCCCAAGGUUACCUGGAAGCGCAUGGGUGUGGACAAUGUGAUCCGCAGAGGUCACGUGGACCAGGUUGACACCAUGUCCUUCUUGGUGAUCCCUGAGAGCACCAGAGAGGACUCUGGGAAGUAUUCACUGACUCUGUCAAACUCAGCCGGGGAGAAAGCUGUGUUUGUCCGUGUCAAAGUUCUGGACACACCUGGGCCUGUUGGCGGUUUGGACGCCACUGAUGUCACCAAAACCACGGCGCAGCUCUCCUGGCUGCCCCCCGAGAACGACGGCGGCAGCACCAUCCUCAACUACAUUGUGGAGAAACGGGAGGUUGACAGGAAGACAUGGACGAAAUGCGUUGAAGAACUGAAAAAGACGAGCUUCAAGGUGACCACCAUGACGCCUGGAGUGGAGUACUACUUCCGGGUCAUGGCUUGCAACAAAUAUGGCAUCGGAGUCCCUCAGGACUCCCCCAGAUCCUACUUGGCUGUGGAUCCUAUAAGUGAACCAGACCCUCCGAAGAAGAUGGAUGUGUUGGAUAUCACUAAGAACAGCGCCACUUUGGGGUGGCUCAAGCCACUCAGAGAUGGAGGAGCUAAGAUAAACGGCUAUGUGGUGGAUUACCAGGAGGAGGGUGCACCUGAAGACAAGUGGACCCCAUACUCCGUGGUCAAAGACCUGACCAUUGUGGUGGUCGGUCUGAAGGAAGGAACCAAGUACAAGUUCAGAGUGGCAGCCAGGAACUCGGUGGGAGUCAGCUUGGCCAGAGAGGCUGAGGGGGUGUUUGAGGUCAAGGAGCAGCUCAUGGCUCCAAAGAUAAUGAUGCCCGACGUUGUGACGGUCAGGGCUGGAUCCAAGAUGGUGGUUGAGGCUAUUGUGGCCGGGAAACCUGCUCCAUUCUGCAAGUGGAAGCAGGGUAACGAGGACGUGCUGACCUCUGACCGCCUGUCGGUCGUUAAGACUCUGACAACCUGCACACUGAUAAUAAAGAAUGUGAACAGAAAGGACAGCGGUUACUACAGUCUGUCUGCCGAGAACAGUACCUCCAAGGUCAACCAGAUCCUCCGGGUCACCGUCAUGGACCCACCAGGUAAACCUGAGGUAAUGGAUGUGACCAAGAGCUCAGUCUCGCUGGUCUGGAGCCGUCCCCAACAUGAUGGUGGCAGCAAGCUGAUUGGCUACUACAUGGAGUACUGCAAGCUUCCGGAGGAGAAGUGGGUUCGCUGCAAUGCGAACUGUAUGAACAUCCAGACGGAGAGCUAUGUGGUGCAAGGCCUGGAGGAGGGCCGGCAGUACCAGUUUAGGGUCAUCGCCAAGAGCGCCAUCAACAUCAGCUCCCCAUCCGAGCUGUCCGACCCCAUCCCCGUCAUCGCAGAGAACGUUCCUCCUCGUGUAGAACUGGGUCUCAACAUGAAGAACCUGAUUGUGGUGAAAGCAGGAGAAAACAUUGUCCUGGAUGCUGAGGUGUCGGGCAAGCCACUCCCCAAAGUGAGCUGGAAAAGAGAUGGAGCACCUCUGGUUCUGGCAGAAGGGAUGAAGAUGUGCCAGAAGAAGCAUGUCCACAUGCUGGAGCUAUACUCCGUGACAAGGAAGGAGUCUGGAGACUACACCAUCACAGCUGAAAACACCAGUGGCUCCAAGUAUGCCACCAUCAAGGUCAAGGUCCUCGAUGUUCCUGGGCCGUGUGAACCGCCAGUCAUUACCAACAUCACCAAAGACUCCAUGACGGUGAGCUGGAAGGCGCCUGCCAAUGACGGAAAGGCUCCUAUCCUCGGCUACAUGAUGGAAAAACGCGAGGCCACUGAGCUGACCUGGGCCAAAGUCAACCGCCGGCCAGUCAUUGACCGAACCAUCAAGGCUAUCCAGCUGACGGAAGGCUCAGAGUACGAGUUCAGAGUCAUCGCUCUGAACAAGGCCGGCCUGGGAAAACCAAUCGCCCCUGAGGCGGAGCUGGACGCUGACCUGAGGAAGGCUUUGGUUCUGCGGGCCGGUGUCACUAUGAGGCUCUAUGUCCCACUGAGGGGACGCCCAGCACCAAAAGUGACCUGGACAAAGGUGGACGCCAACCUGAAGGAGAGGCAGGGCGUCUUAAUCAAGACGUCAGAGUGGGACACUCUGCUGAUGGUUGAGGAAGUUAACCGAUACGACGCGGGCAAAUAUGUCCUGACUCUGGAGAACAGCAGUGGGUCCAAGAGCUACACCAUCGUGGUGAAGGUUCUGGCCCAGAAGACCACCAAGGACUCCAUAGCCCUGGGCUGGAAGAGGCCCAUCGCUGACGGUGGAAGCUUCAUUUCUGCUUACAUCCUGGAGCAGAGUGAGGGCGAGGGGAAGUGGACGCAGAUCAUGAAGGGCAAGAACACCACGCACACAAUCAGCGAGCUGACAGAAGGAAAGGAGUAUCUAUUCAGGGUCAAGGCCCUCAAUGAGUCUGGAGAGGGACCACCAACUGAGCUCACUGUCAUUGCCAAGGACCAGUUUGAUGUGCCGGAGGCUCCUGCUCCUCCAGAGAUUGUGAGCAUCCGCCAUGAGUCAGCCAUCCUGACAUGGGAAGAUCCGAAAGACAGCGGUGGCUCCCCAAUUACUGAGGCUCCAUCUAUCACCAUCGACCCAGACCACAAGGACGGCGUAUCGGUCAGAGCAGGAGACACAAUCGUGGUCUCCGCCUCAAAGAUUCUCGGCAAACCUCCACCAACUGCUGUCUGGUCUAAGGGAGGUCGUGAGUUCAAGUCCUCCGACAUUGUCACUAUCACCAGCAGCCCCACCUCUUCAACUCUGGCUAUCAAGUAUGCAAGCCGGAAGAACACAGGAGAGUACACUAUCACUGCUAGCAACCCCUUCGGAAUCAAGGAAGAACAUGUUAAGGUCAAGGUCUUAGAUGUACCUGGGCCUCCAGGUCCCAUAGAAGCCAGUAAUAUUUCCGCUGAGAAGUGUACUCUGACCUGGCUUCCACCAGAAGAGGAUGGAGGCGCCACAAUCAAAUCCUACAUCCUCGAGAAAAGAGAGACCAGUCGCCUGCAGUGGACCAAACUAGCCGAGAAUGUCAUGGACUGCAGAUAUGUAGCCAGCAAACUGAUCAAGGGCAACGAGUACAUCUUUAGAGUGUCUGCUUUGAACCUUUAUGGCAUCGGAGACUCGAGCCAGUCUGGUCCAGUCAAAAUGGUUGACAGCUUUGGCCCGCCAGGCCCACCCUCAACCCCAGAGGUCGAUAAUGUCAGUAGGAAUGCUGUCACCAUUUCAUGGAAGAGACCUGUACGGGAUGGAGGAAGUGACAUUAGGGGAUAUAGUGUAGAAAGGAAAGAGAAGAAGGGAAUGAGAUGGAGGACUGUCCCCGACCUGCGCUUUAAAGUGCAGGGCCUGACCGAGGGAGUAGAGUAUGAGUUUAGAGUAACUGCUGAGAAUAAGGCCGGAUUUGGAGAGCCAAGUGAGCCAUCGCAUCCUGUAAUGACCAAAGACAUCGUGUACCCACCUGGUCCCCCAUCCAACCCAAGAAUUACUGAAACUACAAAGACCACAGCCACCUUUGCCUGGGGCCGUCCCCAUUACGACGGUGGCCUUGAAGUGGACGGAUACAUUGUUGAGUACAAGAAGGAAGGGCACGAUGACUGGGAAGUAGAAACUCAGUACCCAGUGAAAGUUACCGAGUACGUUCUUGGCAAGCUUCAGAAAAGAGGCAAAUACCACUUCAGGGUCAGCGCUGUGAACUCUGAGGGAGUGGGCGAGCCUGCUGAGGGUGCUGAAUACACCUUCCGUAUCAUGGCUGUCAAUGCUUCGGGCAGGAGCGAUCCUCGGGAGAGCAGGCCAGCUGUGAUAAAAGAGCAAACCUCUGCUCCCUCGUUUGAUCUGCGCGGGGUCUACCAGAAGACUGUUGUGGCCAAGGCAGGGGACCGUGUGAAGGUGGAGAUUCCAGUGCUCGGCAAACCUAGGCCUGCCGUUUCCUGGAAGAGGGGAGACACAGCGCUGAAGGAGACACAGAGAAUCAACACUGAAACCACACAAACAUCAACUAUCCUGAACAUCGGUGAGAUUAAAAGAACUGACGGAGGCGAGUAUUCCAUGACCGGAAAGAACAUGCUGGGCACAGUGACAGAAAUCAUCACAGUCCUGGUACACGACCUUCCUGGUCCUCCCACUGGUCCCAUCAAGCUGGACGAGGUCUCAUGUGACUACGUCCUCAUGUCAUGGGAGGCACCAGAGAACGAUGGAGGUGUUCCAAUCAACAACUAUAUCGUUGAAAUGAGGGAGACCACUGGCACCUCAUGGGUGGAGCUGGCAGCUACAGUGAUCCGCACAACUUUCAAAGCAGCUCGCCUCAACACUGGAACCCAGUAUCAGUUCCGCGUCAGGGCCCAGAACAGAUAUGGCAUCGGCCCUUGUAUUGUCUCUGAGGCAGUGCUGGCAGCUUAUCCGUUUGACGUCACAGUGUCGUGGACCAAACCAGAGGGUGAUGGUGGAUUUUCCAUUACGGGAUACACAGUGGAGAGGAGAGAGAUGCCUAAUGGACGCUGGCUUAAAGCAAACUUCAACAACAUUCUGGAAACGGUCUACACAGUCAGCGGUCUGAUUGAAGAUGCAACCUACGAGUUCCGUGUCUUUGCUAGAAACUCAGCAGGAGGUGUCAGUGCUCCAUCUAAGCCAUCAGAGGCCAUUACAUGUAGAGAUGACAUUGAAGAGCCCAGGCUUGACGUCGAUGCAUCAUACAGCAGCAAUGUGGUGGUGAUGGCAGGAGAGGUGUUCAAGCUGGAAGCCAACGUGACCGGCAGGCCAAUUCCAUCCCUGGUUUGGACCAAGGAAGGAAAGGAGCUGGGAGAUACAGGCAAGCUGGAAAUAAAGACGUUUGACUUCCACACAACCUUAACAAACAAAGACUCACUGCGGAAAGAUGGGGGAGCUUUCACUCUGACUGCCAGCAAUCCUGGUGGCUUUGCCAAGUUCACAUUCAACGUCAAGUGUAACAAGAGGACCGUAACUGAUUUGCGUUUCAAAGUGUCUGGUCUCACAGUCGGACACGAGUAUGAAUUCAGAGUUCUGGCUGAAAACAACGCAGGUCUGAGCCAACCUAGUCCUUCUAGUCCAUUCUACAAAGCCGUGGACACCAUCUUCCAGCCUGGACCUCCAGGUAACCCCAGAGUGCUGGACACUACCAAGUCCUCCAUCACUCUUGCCUGGAACAAACCUGUCUAUGAUGGUGGUUCAGAAAUAACAGGCUACAUUGUGGAAACCUGUCUGCCAGAAGAGGAUGAGUGGACCAUCCAUACUCCCAAAAAGGGAUGGACAGCCACUUCAUUCACCAUUACCAACCUGAAGGAAAAUCAGGACUACAAAAUCAACAUCUGUGCCACUAAUUGUGAAGGAGUGGGAGAACCCGCUGCUGUUCCUGGAACUCCUACGGCUGAAGACAGACUGCUCCCUCCAGAAAUUGAUCUUGGAGCCGAGCUGCGUAAGGUAGUCUGCAUCAGAUCCUGCAGUACACUCAGACUCUUCGUCCCAAUCAAGGGCAGACCAGCACCUGAAGUAAAAUGGUCAAGAGAGCAUGGCGUUUCCCUCGACAAGGCUAACAUAGAAAUUACCCCAUCAUUCACCACUCUUCAGAUUGAAAAUGUCGACAGGUUUGAUGGAGGUAAAUACAUGGUGACUGUGGAGAAUGCUUCCGGAAGUAAGACAGCUUUUGUCAAUGUCAGGGUGUUGGACACUCCUGGAGCACCUCAGAAUCUUGUUAUUAAGGAGGUCACUAGAGAUUCAGUUUCUCUGGUUUGGGACGCACCGCUCAUAGAUGGGGGCUCCAGAGUCCGCAGCUAUGUUGUGGAGAAGCGUGAGUCAACCAGGAAAGCCUAUUCGACGGUCUGUGCCAGUUGCCAUAAGUCAAGUUGGAAGAUUGGUGACCUUGAAGAAGGAAAAAUGUACUUCUUCAGAAUCCUGGCCGAAAACGAAUAUGGUAUUGGUCUCCCAGCAGAGACACUUGAGCCGAUUAAAGUUUCAGAGAAACCUCUGCCACCAGGAAAAGUAACCCUCCACGAGGUUACCAGCAGCAGCGUCACACUGAGUUGGGAAAAGCCAGACCAUGAUGGCGGGAGCAGAAUCACAGGCUACAUUGUUGAAAUGCAGGGUAAAGGCAGUGACAAGUGGACCCAGGUCAUGGUGGUGAAGAACAAUGGGGCGCAGGUAACUGGGCUGACUCAGGGAGAGGAGUACAUGUUCCGCAUCUCAGCCUACAAUGAAAAGGGGGUCAGAAAACCAGAAGCUGUCAUUGUGACAAGAAGCCACGUGACACUCAGAUGGACCAAACCUGAGUAUGAUGGUGGCAUCAAAAUCACAGGAUAUGUGGUUGAGAAGAAGGAAGGAAGUGGUCGCUGGAUGAAAGCCAGUUUCGCAAACAUCCUUGAAACUGAAUUUGUUGUCACAGGACUCACUGAAGAUCAGGUUUACGAGUUCCGUGUUAUUGCCAGAAAUUCAGCCGGUGUCUUCAGUCAGCCGUCCGAUUCCACUGGAGCUAUCACUGCAAAGGAUGAGGUAGAUCCACCCAAAAUUGAUUUGGAGGCUAAAUAUUCGCAGGCUGUGGUGGUAAAUGCAGGGGAGACAUUCAAACUCGAAGCCGGUGUGUAUGGCAAGCCUGUGCCCAGCAUACACUGGCUGAAAGAGGGCCAUGAGAUCACAGAAGCAGCUCGCUUAGAGAUCAAGAACACUGACUUUGUGGCUUGCAUAGUUGUUAAGGAAGCCAUUCGUCCUCAGCAUGAUGGCGGCAGUAGGAUCAGUCACUAUGAAGUCGAAGUGGCUCCGAAGGACAGCGAAACUUGGACCUUGUGUGCCAGUGUGAAGGCUGUGGAGACAGUAGUGUCCAACCUUCUCAAAGGAGAAGAAUAUCAGUUUAGAGUGACUGCCGUAAAUGACAAAGGCAAAAGUGACCCAAGACAGUUGGCUCAGACGGUUGUUGCAAAGGACCUUGUCAUUGAGCCCUCUGUUAGACCCAAAGUGAGUUCCUACAGUGUACAGGUGGGAUAUGAUCUCAAGAUAGAAGUUCCUAUUGCUGGUCAUCCAAAGCCUACCAUCACCUGGACCAAAGAUGGAGCAGCCCUUAAACAGACCACCAGAGUUAAUGUCACUGACUCGGCUCAUCACACUACCCUUACCAUAAAGGAUGCCACUAAGGAUGAUGGAGGCAUGUACUCGAUCAAUAUUGCCAAUGCACUGGGUUCAAAGGACGCCACCAUAGAGGUGAUCACCCUGGACAAACCAGGCCCACCGACAGGCCCUGUGAAAAUUGAGGAUGUCAGUGCUGAAAGUAUGACCCUCAACUGGGAACCUCCCACGUACACAGGUGGCUGCCCGAUCUCCAACUAUGUGGUGGAGAAGAGAGACACAACCACAACUAAUUGGGUGGUUGUUUCUGCAACAGUUGCAAGAACCACACUCAAAGUGGCCAAUCUGAAGACCGGUGCUGAAUACCAGUUCAGAAUCUCUGCAGAGAACAGAUAUGGAAAGAGUUAUGCAAUUGAUUCAGAACCAGUUCUGGCACAGUAUCCGUUCCAGGAGCCUGGCCCUCCAGGGACUCCAUUUGUAUCCUCAUACACUAAGGAUUAUAUGGUGGUUGAGUGGCAUAAACCCCCAUCGGAUGGAGGCAGUGCAAUCUUGGGCUACCAUUUGGAGAGGAAAGAGAAAAACAGUAUCCUCUGGACCAAAAUAAACAAAAUGCUCAUCCAGGACUGUAGAUUCAAAUCCACUCCUCUUGAGGAAGGCAUUGAGUACGAGUACAGAGUAUACGCUGAAAAUAUAGUUGGCAUUGGAAAGUGUAGCAAAGUGUCAGAGGUUUAUGUAGCCCGUGACCCAUGCGAUCCUCCUGGCCGCCCCGAGGCCAUCAUUGUGACCAGGCACUCAGUUAAACUCAAGUGGACCCCGCCACAAUAUGAUGGUGGAAGCCUUGUGACUGGCUAUGUGGUGGAGAAACGUGACCUUCCAGAGGGAAAAUGGAUGAAAGCUAGCUUUGCGAAUGUUAUUGAUCUUGAAUUCACAGUUACUGGUCUGAUGGAGGACAGUAAAUAUGACUUCAGAGUAAUUGCAAGGAAUGGCGCUGGUGCAGUCAGCAAGCCUUCUGAGACCACAGGAUCCAUAACAGCCAAAGAUGAGGUUGAGCCACCCAAGUGUGAGACAGAUGCAAUGUACAACCAGACAAUAGUUCUUAAUGCUGGAGAGACAUUUACUCUGGAGGCCAGCGUUGAAGGAAAACCAAUUCCAACAGCUCAGUGGUUCAAGGGAACUGUCGAGGUUGAGAACUCUGCUAGAGCUGAGAUCAAAAACACAGAUUUCAAAGCUUUGCUUGUUGUGAAGGAUGCCAUCAGAGUGGACGGUGGCCAAGAUUCUAUGACCGUCUGCUGGAACCGCCCGGGGACCACAGGAGGCAGCGACAUCGCUGGCUACAUCAUUGAAAAGAGAGACCGAGCUGGAGUGAGGUGGACCAAGUGCAACAAACGCCGCGUGACAGACCUGCGUUUCCGGGUAACAGGACUGACUGAGGACCAUGAAUAUGAGUUCAGGGUGUCGGCUGAGAAUGCAGCUGGAGUUGGCCUGCCAAGCCCAGCAACAAGCUAUCUCAAAGCCUGUGACCCCACCUUUGAACCAGGCUGUCCCACAAAUGUCCACAUGGUCGACACAUCAAAAGACUCCGUCACCGUCGCUUGGCAUCGGCCAAUCUAUGACGGUGGUUGUGAGAUACAGGGGUAUGCGGUUGAAAUUACUAAGGCUGAUGAAGAGGAAUGGACCAUAUGCACACCACCCACUGGGGUCAAUGACACCAAGUUUACCAUCAAAAAGUUGAUAGAGCACCAAGAAUACAAGGUCCGUAUUUGUGCCAUCAAUAAACUGGGCGUUGGUGAGCCAACAGAGAUGGAGGGGGUUGUAAAGCCUUUGGACAAGAUUGAUCCACCAGAGAUGAUUCUGAGUUCAGAGCUCAGGAAGGGAAUAGUUGUCAGAGCAGCAGGCUCAAUGAGAAUAUUGAUUCCUUUCAAGGGCCGUCCCAUCCCUGAAGUAAACUGGGCUAAGGAAGAUGGCGUGCUGCCAAGUAAAGCUCAGAUUGAGACCGGUGACGAUUACACGCAGCUAUCCAUUGACAUCUGUGACAAAUAUGAUGCAGGCAAAUAUAUCCUCACCUUAGAAAACACCGCUGGCACCAAAUCAGCAUUUGUUUCUGUUAAAGUUCUGGACACCCCAGGGGCUCCAUUAAACCUGACAGUGAAAGACAUUAAGAGACAGAGUGUCACUCUAACUUGGGAGCCUCCUGUUAUUGACGGUGGUUCAAGGAUUAAGAAUUACCUGGUUGAAAAGCGUGAGUCCACCAGGAAAGUUUACUCUAAUGUUGACAACAAAUGCACCAAAACAAGCUAUCGCAUCACUGGCCUCACUGAAGGAACCAUCUACUAUUUCAGGAUCUUAGCUGAGAAUGAAUUUGGUGUGGGACAGGGAGCGGAAACACAAGAAGCAGUUAAAACAUCUGAGCCGCCUCUACCUGUGGGUAAGGUCACGUUGACCGAAGUCACCAAAAAAUCUGCCACUCUCUCCUGGGAGAAGCCAGAUCACGACGGAGGCAGCAGGAUUGUCGGUUACUACAUUGAGAUGCAGCCCGUUGGCUCAGAGGAAUGGGUGGUGGCUGUCACAAGCAAAGCAUGUGAGGGCACCGUCACAGGCCUUAGUGCAGGGCACGAGUACCUGUUCAGAGUCUCAGCCUUCAAUGAGAAGGGCAAGAGUGACCCUAGAGCUUUGGCUGUUCCAGUCACUGCUAAAGAUGUCACUAUUGAGCCUAGGUUCAAGAUGAGAUUCAAUACAUACAGCUUGCAAAAUGGUGAGGAUCUGAAGAUAGAGAUCCCAGUGAUCGGACGCCCUGCUCCCAAGGUUGAGUGGAAAAAGGAAGGACAAGCCCUCAAGGAGACAACUAGAUUAAAUGUGCUGAGCACACCAUCAUCCACUAAACUUGUCAUUAAAGAUGCCAACAAAGAAGACUCUGGUAAAUACACUAUCACAGCCACCAGCAGCAUUGGAACAGCUACAGAAGAGAUCACUGUCAUUAUUCUGGAGAAGCCCGGACCACCCACAGGCCCUGUGAAAAUUGAGGAAAGACCUGAACAUAACGGAGGAGCUGAAAUUGAAGGAUACAUCCUUGAAAAACGUGACAAGGACGGUGUCAGAUGGACUAAGUGCAACAAGAAGAGGCUGAAUGACCUGAGAUUCCGUUGCACAGGCCUCACAGAGGGCCACUGCUAUGAAUUCAGGGUCUCAGCAGAAAACGCUGCUGGCAUCGGAAAGCCCAGUGCACCAACACAAUACAUCAAGGCCUGUGAUGCAACUUAUCCACCAGGACCUCCCAACAACCCCAAAGUCAUCGAUCACUCAAGUACAUCCGUCUCCCUGUCGUGGUCCAGGCCAAUCUAUGAUGGAGGGGCACAGAUCACAGGGUAUCAUGUUGAAAGGAAGGAGGCUACAGAUGAUGAAUGGAUUGUCUGCACACCUCCCACCGGAGUCCAAGAAACCCACUACACUGUAAAGAUGCUGAAAGAGAACGCAGAGUACAACUUCCGCAUCUGCGCCAUAAACUGUGAGGGUGUCGGGGAUCAUGUGGACCUGCCUGGUUCUGUGAUCGCUGCUGAGAAGGUCGAGGCUCCUGAAAUUGAACUGGAUGCUGACUUGAGGAAGAUGGUCAAUGUCCGUGCGACAGCCACUCUACGUCUGUUUGUGACAAUCAGGGGGAAGCCUGAACCUGAGGUCAAAUGGUCAAAGGCCGACGGCACUCUGAACGAAAGGGCUCAGAUUGACGUAACUAGCUCCUAUACAAUGCUGGUUAUUGAAAAUGUGGAUAGGGUGACGGCCGUAAAUGACAAGGGUAAGAGUGAUCCCAAGCCUUUGGCUGCUCCUGUGGUCGUGAAGGACAUCACAAUGGAGCCUAUCAUCAACUUGCUGUUCAGCACAUACAGUGUAAAAGCAGGAGAUGAUUUGAAGAUUGACGUUCCCUUCAGAGCGCGGCCCCAGCCUGAGGUGGCCUGGAAGAAGAAUGGCCAUACCCUUAAACAGACAACCAGAGUAAAUGUUCUUAAUUCUAAGACCUCAUCCAAGAUCACCAUUAAGGAUGCCUCCAAGGAUGAUGUUGGAAAGUAUGAGAUCACACUGACCAACACAAUUGGAGCCAAGACAGCAGAAAUCUCCGUCGUAGUCCUGGACAAGCCUGGCCCACCCAGCAACAUUAAGAUGGACGAAGUGAGCGCUGACUUCAUCUCGCUGUCCUGGGACCCACCAGUUUAUGAUGGUGGAUGCCAGAUUAACAACUAUGUGGUGGAGAAGAGAGACACCACCACCACAACAUGGCAGAUCGUGUCAGCUACAGUAGCCAGGACAUCGAUAAAGGUUUCUCGUCUCAAUCAGGGAACGGAGUACCAGUUCCGCAUCGCAGCUGAAAACCGUUACGGAAAGAGUCCUUCCAUCGAUUCCGCGCCUGUUGUUGCUCAGUAUCCGUUUGAGCCUCCGGGUCCUCCAACCAACCUACACAUCGCUCAUGCUACAAAGACUAGCAUGCUGGUGGAGUGGGGCAAACCUGCCAGCGAUGGUGGAAGCCCUAUUACAGGAUAUCACAUUGAAUGCAAAGACCAAAGUAGCAUCCUGUGGACCAAAGUCAACAGAGGCCUGUUGGCUGAAAACCAAUUCAAGAUGAGUGGCAUUGAGGAAGGCCUGUUCUAUCAGUUCAGAGUCUAUGCUGAAAACAUCGCUGGCAUCGGUCCAUGCACUAAACCCUGUGAGCCUGCAGCAGCCAGGGACCCAUGCGAAUCUCCACGUAACCUCAAGGUAACAAAUAUCACCAGAAAUUCUGUUUCCCUGUUCUGGGAUGGGCCAGAGUACGACGGUGGAGUGAAAAUUACUGGAUACAUUGUGGAGCGUAAAGAACUUCCCAGUGGUCGGUGGUUAAAAUGCAACUUCACCAAUCUGCUGGAAACAUACUAUGAUGUCACAGGCUUGACAGAAGAUGUCCAAUAUGACUUCCAUGUUAUUGCUAAGAAUUCUGCUGAGCUGUUGAGUGCUCCUUCAGAAAGCACUGGGCCUGUCACCGUCAAGGACGACGUCACCUCAGUUACCAGUGAGGCAAUGACCAUCUGUUGGGAAAGACCAGUUUCUGACGGUGGCAGCAGCCUUGCUGGAUAUGUGAUUGAGAGGCGAGAGAAGACGGGUCUUCGUUGGUGCCGUGUCAACAAGAAGCCUGUUUACGACCUGAGAGUGAAAUCUUCAAACCUCCGGGAGGGCUGUGAGUAUGAGUACAGAGUGUUUGCAGAAAACGCUGCUGGCCUUAGUGCUCCUAGCGUCCCUUGCCCACUGACCAAGGCUGAGGACCCACAGUUCCUGCCCUCACCCCCAGCUAAACCUAAGAUCAUUGACUCUACAAAGGCCACCGUCACCCUGUCCUGGAACAGGCCACUGUUUGAUGGUGGAGCACCUGUGACUGGUUACAGAGUGGAGUACAGGAAGACAAUGGACGAUGAAUGGAUUGUUGGAGUCCAGAACACCAAGAACACAGAAUUCACCGUGGUGGGACUGACACCUGGGACUGAAUAUGUGUUUGUUGUCAAGUCCAUUAACAAGAUUGGAGUCAGUGAACCCAGCCAAGAGUCAGACAGACAGGUUGCCAAAGAGAAAGAGGAAGAGCCUGUCUUUGACAUCAGCAACGAUAUGAGGAAGACCCUGAUAGUGAAAGAUGGAAGCUCCUUCACCAUGAAGGUGCCCUUCAGAGGAAAACCCAUCCCUACUGUUGCUUGGACCAAGCCUGACAUUGACCUUAGAGUUCGCGCUGUCAUCGACACCACUGACACCUUCACCUCCAUCACCUUAGAAAAAGCCACUCGCAAUGACUCUGGAAAAUACACAGUCACCUUGUCCAAUGUGGCGGGAACCACUUCACUUACGCUCAAUGUCCGAGUGCUCGACUCACCUGGACCGCCUUCCAAUGUGGGGGUCAAGGACGUGACCAAAACAUCCGUCACCGUGACGUGGGACACUCCUGAAAAUGAGGGUGGAGGACCAGUUAAGAACUAUCUAAUUGAUUUCCGCGAGGCAAGCAAGAAAGGCUGGACCAGGUUGACUGACACGUGCCACAGACUCACAUACAAGGUGACUGACCUGAAGGAGGGAGAAGUCUACUACUUCAGAGUGACAGGCGAGAAUGAAUAUGGUACUGGGGUUGCUGCUGAGACCAAAGACGGAACUAAAAUCUCAGAAUCGCCUGAGAUCAUCAUGAAGGACUUCCCUCACAAUACAGUGUACGUCAGAGCUGGGUCCACCCUGAAGUGUGAGAUCCCCCUGACCGGCUGGCCUCUGCCUAAAGUCGUUCUGUCCAAGGACAAUGUUCUGCUAAAGUCAACAAUGAGGUUCAACUCUGAGGUCACUCCUGACAGCAUCAAGAUCACUCUGCGUGAGAGCAUUGCUCGAGACUCCGGACGCUACGAUAUCACCGCCUCCAACUCCAGUGGAACCACCAAAUCCUACAUUAACAUUGUGAUCCUGGACCGCCCCAGUCCCCCGGUUGGACCUGUGGAGCUGUUUGAUGUCACAGAAGACAGCGUGAGCCUGAGGUGGCUCCCGCCAUCGUAUGAUGGUGGCAGCCCCAUCACCAACUACAUCAUCCAGAAACGCGAGACGACCACAGCCAGCUGGAUGGACGUAUCUUCUGCCGUGGCCCGCUGCACCAUGAAGAUCCUGAAGCUGACCACAGGCCUGGAGUAUCAGUUCAGAAUCAAAGCUGAGAACAGAUAUGGAAUCAGUGAGCACAUCGACUCACCAGUGGUCGCUGUCAACCUUCCAUACACCAUUCCAGACGCACCAUCAACUCCAGAAGUUACUGCUGUAACCAGGGAGACCGUCACUGUGGCCUGGAAGGAGCCCAAGUCGGACGGAGGCAGCCAUGUGUUUGGCUACCACCUGCAGAUGAAGGACAGAAACAGCAUCCUCUGGCAGAGGGUUAAUAAGAUGGUGAUCCGGGCUACACACUACAAGGUCACCAACAUAAAUGCUGGCCUUAUUUAUGAGUUCAAGGUGGCAGCAGAGAACGCCGCUGGACUCAGUGCUUUCAGCAAAUCUUCGGAUCCUGUGUUGGCCAUCGAUGCCUGUGGUGAGUGGACUCGGGUGAAUAAGACCUACACCAUCUAUGACACCCGCCUGAAGAUCACAGGCCUACUGGAGGGAAGCGAGUACCAGUUCAGAGUGACAGCGGUGAACGCAGCAGGAGACAGCCACCCCAGCGACGCCUCACCCUACAUCCUCUGCAGAGACCCCACCUGUAAGUGA